AUGAACAAGUUGGCAAACAUGCGGCAAUGGGGCGAGAGGAUCGGUCCCAAUUUCGUCAUGGGUCGUCCCAACGUGCCCAUGAACGCCGCCGCCAUCAACGGCAACGGCAACAGCAGCAAUCCCCCUCCUCACCCUAAGAACAUGCCGCAGGCCGGUCCAUCGCUAAGCCCCCCGCACGCCGCCGACAGCACCAUCCACUGCUCCUUUACCGUGCCCUUCGCUUUUGACCUCGCCGGCCCCAACACCGAGGACAUUCUCCACGCCACCACCGACGCCGUCCUGCGGUGGACGCAUUCAGAGGAUGCCCCCGACGACGUCGAUGUCCACGAGCUACCCAUCCACGUCGAGUCGCUCAACGCCCUCCGGAGGCUCUGCAGGGAUCUCUCAGCCGGUCCGCUGCCCAUCGAGGCCUAUGUCGCUUCUCUCCCCGCCGCCAACGGAAAGGGCGGCCAGGUCACCACCGUCUGCCUUUCGGGCUCCCCGGAUCUGGUCCACAAGAGCCGAGAGGCCAUCUUCAAUGAUACCCCCAUCUCCAUGCGAUGCACCACCAUCGAUGUCGAUGGAAAUCUCGUCUGUGACCUGAAGGCUGGUAAACUGAGGGAUGGAGUACCCGAGACCCUCGACUACAUCUCCAAGUUCUGUGGCGUCGAUAUCUUCCUGCUCGGCCCGAAGCUGACCCCCAUGGUUGACGGCAUGACGGGCGAGGCCGAGAUGCGUAUGGAUCAGCGUUGGAGAGUGGCCAUCUACGGAGACCCUCUGUCGUCUGAGCACGCCAAGGUCCGCGUCCUCAUCCACAUAGACACUCUGCUCGGACGUCAUGUCGACUCCAUCAAGCUCGACCAGUCGCUCCACCAGAUCGUCUGCGGUCGCCACCGUAAGAAUAUCAAGCACAUCGAGUCCUCGACCAACACGGCCGUCUACUUCCCACCUCUGCUCUCCCAGAUGUACCGAUAUACGCCGCCCAACGCCAGCCGCAGGGACCCCACAGACAUCUUCAUCACCGGUGACACCCCCGAGGCCAUCCACGAGGCUAAGCAGAAGUUCCACGACAUUGCCUCCCGUAUCAGGCUCUACAUCAAGGAUGUCACCCUCCCGGCCGCCAAGAUUGACAGUAUCCUGCUUGACCGCACCGAAAAGAUCCGCAAGAUCCUGGAGGCCAACGGCACCUACAUCAUGUUCCCUGCACUGGGCACUCAGCGAACCACGAUUCGUGUCCAGGGUAGCGAAGGUCUUCCUGUCGAGCGAACCGUCCGAGAGCUGAUGAACCUGGCUGGCCAAUUUUAUGUCGCCGGGUGGUACGUCCAGCAGCCUGAGCCCCGCCAGAUCCCCGCCCCGGCCGAUGUCAGGGCCAUGCUCAGCGAGAUCUGCAGCAGCUCCGGUGCCGAGUUGAUGUUUGACAAGAUGAGCUUCCAGGUUACGGGCUCCGACGACGCCGUCAAGUCCGCCCUUGUGGUCAUCUCCGAUCUCAACUUUGUCGUUCAGGCUCAGUCGCAGAUUCGCGUCAAGAUUGAGCUCGCUAACGAGCAUAAGGAGUUUGUCAGCGGCAAGAAGAAUGGAAAGAUCAACAAGAUUAUGGGACAGAGCAACGUCCAGAUCAUCUUUGAUGGCUUCAACGAGUACAACUUCAACAUUGAUGUCAUGGCCACGAGCUACGACGCCAUGAAGCAGGGCCUCACCCUGGUCGAGCAGGAGAUGCCUGCCUCCAUAUCCUUCCAUGUACCCGACCAGUACCACAAGCGCAUCAUCGGCAUUGGUGGCCAGCACAUUCAGAGAAUCAUGAAGAAGCACUCUGUCUUUGUCAAGUUCUCCAACGCUAUGGACAGAGGAGGCAUGGGCCGCGAGGAUGACGACAUCAAGGUCGACAACGUCAUCUGCCGCACCCCUGCUCGCAACGCCCAGAACCUCGACGCUGUUAAGAACGAGAUUCUCGAGAUGGUUGACCGAACUGACUCCGAGUACACCUCUCAGGUUGUCAACAUUGACCGCCUGUACCACCGCCAGCUAAUCUCGCGCCUCCACGAGAUCGAGGCCCUCGAGCAGAAGAACAACUGCAAGAUCAACUUCCCCAGCACCGAGCAGGCCAGCGACGAGGUCACCGUGACAGGUCCCCAGUGGCAGGUCCCCCACUGCGUUGAUGAGUUCCUCGGCAUGGUGCCGGACCACCACGAACUCGUUCUGGCCAAGACGGAAGAGCUGGUCAAGUUUAUCGAGAGCCCCCCCUUCACCGAGGAGCUGAUUGGCAAGCUGAAGAACCAGCACGAGGUCGAGGUCAACGUCCGAGAACAGUCGGACGAGGUCACCGAGGAGGGCGGUCCUACAAUGACCCUCCGCUGGGGAUUCACGCGCAACAAUGCCGGAGGCCUGCGCGAUGCCGUCGACUUUCUGAUGGAGCAGCUGACCAACUCUGGGCUGGAGGUGACCGUUGUCAAGGGUGCCCUCCCGCGCCCCAAGUCGGACUCUUUCGAGGACAGCCUCCAGUACUUUGACUCGAAGCUCCUGCAACACGCACCCUCGGCCUCGGCCAGCGACACCCAGACGACACCGGCCUUUGGCGACGAGAUUGCCAGGGAGCGUAGCAGCAUCCUGGACCGCUUGCGUAAGCCUGGAGGCAUGACGUCGAUCUCGUCGUUCCUCGACCGUCGCAAGAACAGCUCCCGCUCGCCCAAUGGUAACUUCUUCAAGGGCUCCAGCAACGUGUCCAAGUCGUCGCUCAUCUCGAUCGAGUCUGCUCGCAGCUUCAACGCCGACCGCAACCCCUGGAACGACAGCGGCGUGAAUCUACCCGACGACGACAACCCCUGGGCCCCGAGGCCCCUGAGCAAUCAUGUCGAUGGCAAGCUGACCAUCCCCGUCCCCGGGGACGCCACCCCCCGUCACCACACCCGCAUUUCCGGCGACAGCGGGCGCCCUUCUACGUCUCAUUCUUUCAAUUCUGGAUUUUCCGGACCCAUCGGUCCCUUUCGUUAG